AUGAAGUUGGAAGCUCCAAUGGAAGCCAUUUUUCCUCUUGUUGUUUUGCUUUUCUUGCUGAACAGCGCCACGGUGCAGAGCACACCUUUCCCUGUAAGAGUUGGAGUGGUGGUGGACAUGGACGAUUAUGUCGGGAAAAUGGGGUUGAACUGCAUCACUAUGGCACUCUCGGAUUUCUACACCAAACAUGGCCACUACCAGACCAGGCUGGUCCUUACCAAGAGAGACUCCAAGAAAGAUGUUAUUGGAGCAGCUGCAGCAGCUUUAGAUUUACUGAAGAAUGUCCAAGUGCAAGCGAUCAUAGGUCCGUUAUCCUCGAUGCAGGCAUCUUUUGUGAUACAUCUUGGGAACAAAUCUCAAGUACCGAUCAUAACAUUUUCAGCCACAAGCCCGUCUCUCUUGUCAAUCCAAAGUCCAUACUUUGUUCGUGCUGCCUUAGCGUUGAGUUCUUUGACAAUCCCACUCUCUUUAGUCCAAUAUCCAAGCCCGAACUCCAUGGCCUACGAAGUUGACAAUCUCGACAGGGGGCGCCUCAGCUCCCCAUCGGCCAGCCUGAAGCUCCCGAGCCCUGUGAAUGUUGUGUUCGACAAGGCCUUGAUGAGGCUCGGCCCACCACCGACACUCCAAAUCCUUGAGAUCUGUUGA